CUCCAUGCAAGGACCACAAAAACAGAAGCCCAUUUGAGGAUUUGAAGAACCUGAGAUAUUCAGCAGUGAAAAGUAAUUUCACCCAGUUCCUGGUAACAGUGACUCAAAGACCACGUGACCAGCGUGCUCCUAUAAAUACCUUUUGAGAGCUAAGCAGGAUAGUGUCAUAGUCUGGCUGGAUACCUCCCCAACCCCGUGCGUAAAAGAUAUUUUGGACUGACACUUGGAUACCCAGAGGUAUUUUUUAACAUUACCUACAUCAGAAACUGAUCACAGACGGGAACAAUAACAUCUCAAGAAGACAGAAUUCAAGUCUGGUUUAAGAUCGAUGAUCUGUGACCAUUUUUUUACGCGUGGAAACCAGAAGUUUUCUGCUCGCUGAGAACCCCACACAGACCUGCUCCAGCAGCCUCAGAUGACCAGGAGUCGCCAUUUCCACAGGUCAAAGACACAUAUUCUUUCUUCUUAAUAGAUUCUAGCCAUGUGUGCAUUCAGUAGUUGGAGCUAAAACUGCUGAAAAAGUCUGGUGUGGUUGAGAGGGGCUGAGAGAUAUAGUGUGCGCGCGCGCUCUCGCUCCGGAGCCUCACCGGACCAGAGGAGGAGGAAAUCUGGGAGAGAGGAGGAAGAGCAGCGGUGUCUCCAAGGAUGACUUUAGGGACGGAUAUGUCCGACAGCUCUGCAUUGUCCGAUGAUGUGGACAUCGAUGUAGUUGGGGGAGAUGUUUCCGUUGGAAAAGACGGAAAGUACAUCCAUCAUGAGUUUAACUUGGACAAUGACUCGGACGAUAAUUAUUCCCAGAACGCAGCCGAGAGGGUUUCCUCCCCCGGGCUCAGUAGCUCUGACUGUCCGUCUGACCAAAUGAGCUCCAGUGCAGAGGUGGGCUCCGUGGUGGGGGACAAAUCCAGAAAAAGUGCACUUGUGAAGCCUCCGUACUCUUACAUCGCUCUGAUCACCAUGGCCAUCUUGCAGAGCCCGAAGAAGCGUCUCACUCUGAGCGAGAUCUGCGAGUUCAUCAGCAGCAGAUUCCCUUACUACCGAGAGAAAUUCCCCGCGUGGCAGAACUCUAUUCGCCACAACCUUUCCCUGAACGACUGCUUCGUGAAAAUCCCACGAGAGCCCGGCAACCCCGGAAAGGGCAACUAUUGGACCCUUGACCCGGACUCUGCAGACAUGUUCGACAAUGGGAGCUUCUUGCGCAGGAGGAAGCGCUUCAAGAGGCACCAAGUGAAUGAAAUCCUCAGGGACUCUGGUGGCUUUCUGCCCGGGUUUGGAUACGGCCCAUAUGGAUACAACUAUGGACUUCAGCUGCAGAACUUUCACGCAGCCCACAACCCGUAUCACCCACACCACACAGGUUCAUUCCCGUUCCCUAACGCCCCCUGCACCUUGCCCUCAUCUGCCUCCAUAUUCCCUGGGCCACAUCCUUUACCGGCCCUUUUAGGGGCUGAUUUAAGAAAGCCCUUUUACCCACAGCUUAGCCCGUCUUUACCACCUCUUAAAGCGGACUCCAGCGCCCCGAGUCGGCCUUCCUUCUCCAUUGACAAUAUCAUCGGCGCGGCCAACUCCAGCGCCUCUUCCUACAGUGCCCAGCCGAACAGCCAGGCACAGAUCCUGGCUAUGCUGACCCCGGCUCUGGCCUCAGCUUCCAAUCAUUUGAACCUUUCACAGGAGAGCAUACUGCCUCCACAAAGUCAGACUUUUACCAGCAAAACCCCCAAUCUGAACACUUGUCCUUUCUAGAGACAAUGGCGCUGAAAAUGUUUGAUUAAAAAGUGAAAUGUGGCGUCGACCUGUGUGAAGGUAGGCUGAACAUUCUUGGUGAUAUAAGAGUGUUUUGGCUCUCCAAAUGUCCUACCAAUGUAAGAGGAGAGAGAGGAUUAUUUAUGCUUUGUAAAUAUGUAAAAUAUGAAGAGACACAAGCGAGAGAAACACCGAGAAGGAUCUUUGUUGGCCUGCAGACUGACAUGAUGAGGCCUUCACUUGUCAGAGAGAGAGAAGGAGAAAAGAAAGACAAGAUCCAGAAAAAGUGCCACUCGAUUUUAAGAAUAUAUAUAAUUGAGAAUUUUUAUUAUGAUUUAUAUUGUUUUUAUUUUGUGCGUCGUGAGAAACUGGCACUGUUGUUGUUGUUGUUGUUGUUGUUGUUGACAUAGGCUGCAGAGACGACAAACUCAGGUUUUACUUAGAAAGCACAUGGAGACAAAAGAGGGGGGGUCUCUGAUACAGAAAUGUUCCACUAUCACCCCAACACCCCCUGAAGCUCUUCUACACGGUGAAUUUGUGGUAAAAUAAUUUCAUGUUGCCGGUGGACACGUAGGCUUUGUGUUUUAUUUUGGAUCUAAAAGAGCGCAUUACCUCUCUCAACCUUUUCACUGUUGUUCGUUCUCUUUCACGACUGAAUCUGUGAAACAUACAGUCUGUCAUGUGUUGCCAAUAGAGAGAGACACCUAAGUGUUCAUAGGUCAUUUUUUGUUGUAAUGACAAGAAUAAUAAAUGUUUGUGAAUUUGAA